GACGGAACAUCGUCGCCAACGUUUAUGUUGCAAGGUUGGCGAAUGAGCAAUGCUUCUACUUCCAGACCCGGACACCAGGAAUAAUCUACUACAGAAAGUGCGCAGAGCUGGAAAUCAGGUAUUACCCACGAUAGAAGACUUGGGUUUCAAACUGGCAUCCCCAGAUGGCUUCCCAAGAGGCUUCUCUAAAGGCAGCGGCCUCAUCUUCAUCGAGCGACGUGAACGUAUCGCCAGCAAGUCCCGUAUCGGCAGCUGAUGCAGCCAAGGCGCGUCGCGAAGCCCGCAAAGCAAAGAUCCUGGGAAGUGGCUCGGAUCGACUGGCGCGAAUCACCAAGACCGGGCGGGGUGCGGAAGCAGAGGCGUUGUAUCCUUCCAACCCUCCCCUCUCAUCUGCCAGCGAAGCGGCUGCCGCAGCGAGUACGGCGCGACUCGCGACGGACGACCCAGAUGAUGUUGACAUCUCCCGCCUUGAGCGGCCUGAUGGAGCAAGGGCCCCAAUCGACGAUGAGCGAAUGCAGACACUCGUGGGACUGGGGCAGCAAGAUAUGCCUCAGGAUCCUUUCCAGCAAAUGAUGAUGAUGAUGUCUGGUCAGCUUGGCAGCGGCGCGGCUGAAAGUGGAGGUGGCCCUUCUGGCAUGCCAUUCGACCUGAACGCUAUGCUAGGUGGUGCUCAAGGUGGAGGGGGUGGUGGAUCAGGCGCAAUGCCGAAUCUAUCGGGCCUAUUUGGUCCUCAAGGCAUGGUGGUGCCAAGUCCUCGCUCCCGGCUGGACAAGCUGUUCGACCUUUUGCACCUGGUAGCCAUGCUCAUCCUGGGCUUCAUCACCGUCAGUGCUGUCUUCACGCAGCCAAGUGCCGAAAAGAGCAUGGUCAUCGCCAGCUCAGAAGGAGAGGGUGCUCAGAUUCUUUGGGACGAGCAAGCUGGUCUGCAGAGAUGGGCAAGGCUCGCAUAUGAGCGACCAGGCGAUUGGGAGACACACUUCUUUGCCAUCGCCGAGCAUUUGCCGCUACAGGGAGUGCCCGUUUUCUGGCUCUUCAUGUCCAUCGAGAUUUUGCUUCAAAGUGCCAGGAUGCUAGUGCUCAAGGACCGACCGCAAUCAGGCUCGCUGCUUGCGUCGCUUGCGCGCCAGAUCCCGAUCCCGACGCUGCAAAUCGCCCUGCGCACAGGUGGGCGAUAUCUCUCGUUGCUCACUGCUUUCCUGGACGAUCUUUCCGUCUUGGUGUUGGUGCUGGGGCUCACUAUCAUGUAUUCUGCUUGGAAGACGGGGGAUCCUGUCGCCGCAAUUCGAUGAGACACAGAAAU